UAUACCAACUCGUUCCUUAUAUUGUCAUCGCAAUCGUCAGCCAUGUAGCCAUGUUACAACAGUCAGGGAGCGACUGGCCCGCGCUGGCUUACCAUGAGCCGUCCAUCACCACGAUACUAAUACAGUCUUCGUUUGUCUUGGCGUCCAAUAUCCUCAACCACAUCGUCAACUCGCUUCUCUACUGCGGGCUUAUCGGACAAAUCCUUAUCGGCGUCGCCUAUGGCACUCCUGGAGGAGAGAUACUCUCUCGCGACGUCGAGGCCACCAUCGUACAGUUGGGGUACCUCGGCCUCAUUCUGCUUGUCUUUGAAGGCGGCCUUGCAACGCACUUUCGCUCAUUGAAAGCCAACAUAUUCCUCUCGAUUGGAGUCGCGGUGACCGGCAUUGGCGUGCCGAUUGCCCUGUCCUUCGUGCUAGGUACUUUGGUAGGGGCGUCUAAGCUAGAGUGCUUUGCUGCCGGCGCUGCGCUGUGUUCCACGAGCCUCGGGACAACCUUCACUGUCCUCCGAUCGAGUGGAUUGAGCCAAUCCCGACUCGGCGUGGUGCUGGCGAGCGCCGCAAUGCUGGACGAUGUCGUCGGCUUGGUUAUGGUUCAGGUGGUCGCUAGUCUCGGCGCAUCUGAUGCGUCCAUCUCCGCGACGACGGUGUUGCGGCCGGUGCUUGUGUCUCUUGGCUUCACAGCCGUGACACCUCUAGUAUGCUUCGCGCUCGUCAAGCCUGCAACGCUGGCCUUGAACAGCCACCGGCAGAGCUCUCCGGGCAGCCGACUCGACAAAGUCCUCCGCACGCGACGUGCUGCUCUUGGCUUCCACACGGCACUGCUUCUGGCCCUCGUCGCCGCGUCUAGCUAUGCGGGCACGUCGAAUUUGUUUGCGGCGUAUAUUGCUGGCGCAGCAAUCAGCUGGUGGGAUGCCGAAGUGCCUCACGCUGGGAGCGUUGCAGGGACGCAACAAGUCCCAGCCACGGACCCAGGGCCACGCCUUGUCGAAUCAGACCCCGCUGAUAACUACUCCGGACGCGAAGUCUAUGCGCACUACUACGAGCCCGUGGUCCAGAGGCUGCUGCAGCCAUUCUUCUUUGGAUCGAUCGGCUUCUCCAUACCAAUCGCCCGCAUGUUCUCCGGCAAUGCGCUCUGGAAGGGCAUCGUGUAUGCCAUCCUCAUGUGCAUUGCCAAGCUGACCUGUGGUCUGUGGCUAGUGCGGUUCCCCGGAGUCGUUCCCGGCAUCAAGGCAUGCAUCAAACAGCUCAAGCUGGAGCACCGGAAGGCGUCCCCAGCCCAAGAUGCAGCAACGGAGCUUCAGCAACGGCACCCAGGAGACAUACCCGAAACACAGAACCAGGCGACGGAGCCGCAGGAUGCCGCUGGGAGCAGCAGUACGACCGGCGAGGGGGAAGCUAGUCACGACGCCUCUGCAGGUGAUGACUGUUCAAUAGGCGAGGUGCGCCACUCGGAAGGCACGACGUCUGGUGAAACACAACCGAGAGAUCGCAAUACGUCUCCGCAUCCCUUGAAGCCGUUGUCGUUGUAUCCUGCAGCCAUCAUGGGCUGUGCCAUGGUUGCGCGUGGAGAAAUUGGCUUUCUCAUCUCCUCUGUCGCACAAAGCCACGGCGUGUUUGGGCGUUCCGGCUCAGACGGCGGCUCAGAAAUCUUCCUUGCCGUCACCUGGGCCAUCGUUCUUUGCACAAUUCUAGGCCCGUUGUGCACCGGCCUCCUCGUUCGAAGAGUCAAGAGUUUGGAAUCGGGGCGGAAUGGUGGUCAAGCAGGGGGACAAAGCAAAGACGUAUUGGGAGCUUGGGGUCCUUGAGAAAAUAAUGUCUCAACAGCGGCAACCUUAGGCGCAAUGAAAGAAAAGCCUGAGCAUUGUCUUGGCCGAGCCCAACUUGGAAGCGCUUGGCAGACUCUCCAUGAUGCAUCGAUGCGCUGUGUCACAUCCACGUCAAGCGUCGCCUCUGGACUUGGGGAAAUACCGGAAGGCAUUUCAGAAGCCCGUAGCCUAGUACGAAUGUACGAAAGCAACUGUC